GUGUGUGUGUGUGUGGGGUCCUCGGAGGAGUGGACUGCCCGGGCUUUUUUAACGUCCCCCUGAGUGGACACACAGGGCGCGCUCUCUCGCUCUCCCUGCUUCGCAAGCAAGAAGAAAAAGUGCAAACUGUCCUCAUCCGAUUACAUAAUGAUCCAGUAACAGUGAGCCGGAACCGGUGCUGCCAGUGCCAGUGCGCAGGGAGACACUGACUAGCUGCCGGGGAAUAGUCAGCCAGAUGCACAGGAUGACUUCGACGUAGCGUCGCGAGAGCAAACAAUGCAACACAUUGGUGAAAAAUGACGUUAAACAUGUGUGAACCAUCAACAAGUGCAACCCGGUCAAGACCCUGAAGUUUUGCAGCAAUUUUUUUUUCUUAUUUUUUUCUAAGUCAUUCAUACAAAUUCCUUUUUUUUUGCACGUUUGCUGGACGGUGAAGCUGUCCAAGCUGCACUCAAAGCAAACAUCCGUAACAAGUCGACAGAAAGUGCCAGCCAUGACUUCAGCCACUUCUCCGUCCUCCGAAGGCUCCUCCCCGCAGAAAGUGUGCCAUUCCCAGACGCAGACGGACAUCAGCAAGCCCCUGCUGAGCUCCACGGGGGAAAGUGGGGCUCCUGCCGCCGGUGGGGGAGAAACGGGAGGGCCAAACGAGCUUCGCAGGAGACGCAGAGUCCUCUCCAAGGAUGGACGGAGCAACGUCCGCAUCGAACACGUCAGCGGCAGAGGGGCCCUGUAUCUCCGUGACCUCUGGACGACGUUCCUGGACAUGCAGUGGCGCUACAAGUUCUUCUUUUUCUCUGCUACUUUUGCUGGGACGUGGUUCCUGUUUGGGGUGCUUUGGUACCUGGUGGCCCUUGUGCAUGGAGACCUGCUCGAGUUCGACCCACCGUCCAAUCACACGCCAUGUGUGAUGGAGGUGAAGACGUUGACAGGAGCCUUCCUCUACUCCCUGGAGUCGCAGACUACGAUUGGCUAUGGCUUCCGGUGCAUAACAGAGGAGUGUCCCGUAGCAAUAGUCCUCCUCAUUGUUCAGCUGGUCAUCACCAUGGUGAUGGAGAUUUUCAUCACUGGGACCUUUCUUGCAAAAGUUGCUCGUCCCAAGAAGAGAGGCGAGACGGUGAAGUUCAGUCAACAUGCUGUGGUGUCGUUUCACGAGGGUCGGCCCUGCCUGAUGAUCCGAGUGGCCAACAUGCGCAAAAGCCUGCUGUUAGGAUGUCAGGUGACGGGGAAGUUGCUUCAAACGUCUCUGACCAAAGAGGGUGAAACGGUGCGGCUGGACCAGCGCAACGUUCCCUUCCAGGUGGACACAUCCAGCGACAGCCCCUUCCUCAUCAUACCCCUGACGUUCUACCACAUCAUCGACGAGAACAGCCCCCUCAGAGCCUGGGCAGCGAAGGGUGGAGGCUGGGCAGACCCUGAACUGGCUGACUUUGAACUGCUGGUGAUCAUGAGCGCCACGGUCGAACCAACGUCUGCCACCUGCCAGGUCCGGACGUCGUACCUUCCAGACGAGAUCCUCUGGGGGUACGAGUUCCCGCCCGUCGUCUCCCUCUCCCCGUCGGGGAAGUACGUGGCUGAUUUCGCCUUCUUCGACAAAGUGGCCAAAACCAAGACGUCUCCCUUCCGCAAGCAGCCGUCGUCGCCGGACGACAGAGCGGAGACGCGCCACAACGGCACCAGGGAAGACGAAACGAGCCGGGAGAGGCUCAUACUGGAGGAGAACUACAAGGGGAAAGAAAAGAAGCGGAAGCGGGGCCGCGUCAGAGACAGCAGCCCGCUCAGCGUUCGCAUCAGCAACGUAUGAAGCCGAGCGCAAAACAGGAAGCUGUGGGAGGAAGUGGCAGAGAGAAAAGA